GGUAGAUGAGGGAGGGAGAUGAGGGAGGAAGGAGAGAAGAGGAUUCUCGAGCUGAGCUUUCAUAGUCCAAUCACUCUCCUCGCGCCAGACAGAGAACAAGUCAACGGGAAUCUUGACCAGGCGCAACUUUCACCACAACAAGAAAAUGUGAACACAAGCCCUGCCAUGUAAAGACGACUCGACUCAAGGCGCCCCACAUAAAUCAGUACCUUAGACAGCGACACCCGGCCGUUAUCAGCAUCUCCAACCCGGCGGAAAGCACACAGUCCACUGCACUCGGCUGUCCUACCAGAGCGCAACCAAGGCAUGCAGUUCCGUGAAUGACGAUUCUCUCUAUCAGAGCGCAAUGGGUUUCAGAAGCGCUGCUAUUAAUGAUAUACUUAACUAAUUGCGUCUUCCAUACUGAUGCUAUUCAUUCAUCUAGCCAGUAUGGUAACAGUAUCGAUCGUGGGAGGACCAACGCGAGUGGCAGGUGACGAGGGUUGUAACAGCCUUGUUGGACUGAGAGCCUGAGAGCCCUAUCACAUUCACUUCACUACCAAGUCAGAGAAGAUCACAAGCGUCGCGUCGGAAGUGAAUUGACAGGUUAGACACACCAUGGGGAUAAGGCACCUUCUGCUGCUCCUCAUAUACCUGGAUCCCCUGAGCGUUCUCUGCGCCGGGACAGGAGGCAAGAAGAUGAAACCCGUGACCAAGCGGACUCCCAAGGCGAAAGACACCAACAUCACCGCGGUGAUCCCCACCGCUGCGCCGCAGAAGAAUACGACCAAGGACUACGAUACGUGCACGGGUUACUACGAUGUGAGCGGACAAUUUGACAGAGAGUUUGCGUGUAACAACACGGUUCACCGUUACUGCUGCGGGUCCUGCUUCCUGCGGUUCUGCUGCCAGGAAAAAGAAAAACGAGUGGAUCAGUCAAGCUGUAAAAACUACAACAAGCCGGACUGGGUGAAAACGCCCCCCCCGUCGCCAGCCUCGACGGGACAGCCUUUUGACCCGAGUAUGGACCAGACGAACACUGCGGUGUACAUCACCUGUGGGAUCAUAGCUUUUAUUUUAGUGGUGGGAGUUUCGGCUAAAGUUGCCUAUGACAAAGCCACAGAGCCUCCUCAGGAAAUGAAUAUCCAUAGGGCCCUUGCAGACAUCCUGAGGCAACAGGGGCCCAUUCCCAUAUCUCAGUACGACUGUGAGAACUUUUCAGCCAUGAACGGCUCUCCCAAAGACAACACUCCUCAACAAACCUCCUCCAAGAACCACUACACCCCUGUCCACCAGUCCAAAUCCAACCACGGUCUCCACUACGGGAAGGAGAGUGUCCGCAGCAGUGGAGGUCACGACCUCCAUACCUUCAUCUCCUCUGGGUUUGUCACGUUGGGACGCGGCCAGCCCAAAGGUACCCACCAGCACAACUACAACCAUGUGGUUCUAGGUAGCCCAACACGCACCCAUAAUGCUCACCGAUCAUUGAGACGUGAGAACACUAGGGUGAGUGGCAUCCUGACCUCACAGACGGAGCCAUACGACCUGUCCUCCUCGCGCUCCUUCCAGAGCCUGUCCCACCUACCGCCCACCUACGAGGCCGCCGUCAAGGCCGACCUCAACAGAUACUCCUCCCUCAAGAGACUGACGGAUAAAGACGUUGACGACUACUACACCCGCAAGCGUCACCUCCCUGACCUGGCAGCCAGAAGCACCCUGCCCUUACACGUCAUCAAAAUGAAUCAGGAACAGCAGCAGCAGCAGCAGCUCCAGAGCCAGCCCCCCCAGCCCCAGGUGUCCCAGGCCCCACCCCAGCAGCCCCAGGCGCAGCAGGGCCCCAGGAGACAGAGGCCUCCUCGUGUCCAGAGGGCCAUGUCCCAGGACCGGGUCCUGUCCCCAAACAGAGAACCCCAGCCAGACUACCAGGGGAUAGGGAUGACUCGGCAAGGAGGACGUAUCCUGUCUGAUGAGCAGCUACUGUCUGCCGAGAGGCUGAAGUCCCAGGAACGCCUGAUGUCCCAGGACCGGCUGUACUCCAAGGACCGCAUGUACUCCAAGGACAGGCUGUUACAAUCUCAAGACCACAUGUACCCGAAAGACCGCCAUUUCUCCCAAGACCGCCUGUACUCCCAAGACCGCCUCUACUCCCAAGAUCGCCUGUACUCCCAGGAUCCUCUGAUCUCGCCGGACAAAAUGAUGAUGUCGCUGAAGCGCGCGUCUGGCGGUUUCCGGGGCAACAACGACAAGUCGAUGUCGCACGCCAUCUCGCACCCGGAUGUGUUCAUGCCCACGACACCGCUCAUGGACCACUACAAGAUGACAAAAAUGCACUCCCAUCCCAGUGCCUCGAGCAACGCAGGGGCGGCAGGAGGAGCAGGAGCAGCGGGGCACUCCAACACGCUAGCCAUGAACCACACGACUAAUAAGAGACAGCAGUUUGCCUCCAGAAGGACCCACACUGUGGAGCAGCUCCACUACAUCCCCCAGCAGCACUACCGCACAGGCAGCAAGACCGAAGUGACUGUUUAACGCUAGCUAGCAUGCUAACGGCUAGCUUGGGAGUGAGUCAGCAGAGAAUGCUAACAUCUCAUCGCUAGUUUAUAUAUAUGCCUUUUAACAGACACUUUUAUCCAGUGACUUACUGUCUGCAUACAUUUUUAUGUAUGGGUGGCCCCAGCGGGAAUCAAACCAACGACCCUUUGUGUUGGGGGAGUAUGUGUGUGUGGGGGGGGGGGAUGGGAAAAGACUGCCGACUAUAACAGGACGAUAAUUGUAUGAUUUUAAAUCAAACAAAAGGUACACUCACAUUUUUUGGCAUUUUCAGACUUCACCAGAUCGAAGAGCGGUAACUGUACUGUAAGAGACUAGAGUUCUUCAGUAGACACAAACCCCACUAAGACUGAGUCAGCUGUGGUAGUGUGCUGUGAAAUUGGUAAACUACUCUACUGUUAUUCCUGUUACGCCCUAAGCACCCUUGUCCACCACAAUCUGGGUGUGAUUCAUAUGAGGGGACAUGGGCUAUUUGAGAAUAGAGAGGCUCAGGCAGCCAAUACAUCUCUUAUUCUAGAAACUUCUACUGCAUUGGUAAAACGCCAGGACUGAUCCGAUCAAUGUCUCCACAACUUCUGUUGUUGAGAGACACAACACAACCACAGGUGAUGGAACCAGGAUGACCCUGUAAUAACUUAUAUAAAUAUAAAAAACGACCGUUUGUAACUCCAGUCUUACUCAUAGCUAUCAAUCAAAACCGAUGUUAGACAAGUGUUCCAUUUCUAAAAAUGAAGAAGUGGUUUUAAAAAGUGGUUUUAAAAAGCACAAUCAAUUAAUGAGAUUUUGUGUUUCUGUUCAGUUGUUUCAUAAGUUUGGUCGCUGAUGGCUAGUUCGUAGAUGAUUGUAAAUAAGCUAUAAUUCUAGAGGCAGUAAUAUGGACCAGUCUGUACCAGUUGGCUUUUGUAUUAGGCUGUCUAAUGUUUUCAGUAGAUUCUGAACACGUUGUAAACCACCACUGUUUCGUGAUAAGAUCAGACUAGAAAACCCACUUAACCAAGCAUUUGACAGGAUAAAUGAAUAAUAUAACUAUGUUUGUAGAUUGAGAAUGAAUGUGAAUGAAUGAGAAUGAAUGUGAAUGAAUGAGAAUGAAUGUGAAUGAAUGAGAAUGAAUGUGAAUGAAUGUGAAUGAAUGUGAAUGAAUGAGAAUGAAUGUGAAUGAAUGAGAAUGAAUGUGAAUGAAUGAGAAUGAAUGUGAAUGAAUGAGAAUGAAUGUGAAUGAAUGAGAAUGAAUGUGAAUGAAUGAGAAUGAAUGUGAAUGAAUGUGUUGAUCGUUAAAAAAAUAUACCACUGUUCAUAUUUGGAUGUAGAAUAUGUUCCAUUGACUUCUAUGAGAAGCUGGACAACAUGGUGACUGAUUAUAAUUGUUGUUGCAGUAGGGGCAAAAUAAACCAUCCAUAUUUUUUUAAACAGGCAACACUAUUCUGGAACAACUAUAUUUGUGCUCUGGUGGUUGAUGUGUAUGAAAAAUGAUAUGCUAUAUGUUAUUAUAUAGUCAAAUGUUACAGCUGACAUACGACUCAUCCAUAUCUGCAUGAGUUUGAAAGGGCUGUGAGGGAGAGCUGAAGGUGGGGUUUUUUGGACACUUUAUAAGGAAGGCAAGAACGCUUCCUUGCCUGUACAUGCUCAAUCAAGGGAUAUUUUAUAAAUUAAAGGGAAUGCAAAUUAUAGGUAGGAUAAAGUUUUUUCUCACGACAACUGUGAUCUUGUUUUUCUCAGCAGGGGUCACACUUAUCCCUAUCAUACAGUAUGUCACCCUGACAGGCAGCUUUACAUGACAGCCUUACCGCGAUAAGAAAUAUGCCACAGACGCAGGCAACCGGAGUACUUUACCACUGGCAUCUGAAUGAAUAUCUCUGACUUUAAUGCUAUUUCAGACCUAUUUCAGACCUUGUUGAAAUUCGUUGAACUCCUGUGGAUGCGAAGGCCAAUUCUCACAGCAAACAAAGCGGCCCCCACAAAAUACAAAAUAUUUUCAAUUUGCACCCAGGGAUGUCAAACUCAUUCCACGGAGGGCCUAGCGUCUGCAGGAUUGUGUUUUUUCUUUUCAUUUAAGCCCACAGCAACCAGAUGAGGGGAGUUCCUUACUAAUUAGUGACCUUAAUUCAUCAAUCAAGUACAAGGGAGGAGUGAAAACCCUCAGACACUCGGCCCUCCGUGGAAUGAGUUUGACACCCCUUAACCCAUCAGCAUUUAGAUGAAAAUAUGACGCUCCAAUCAAAGGGAAUCUAUGGAUGGGAGAGUCAGCUGGAAAAGGUAGACCUAAGAAGGCCAGGCGGGCGGGUACAGGGACCGGAGGUAUCUCCACUGUGAGAAAAGGGAAUCAGGCCAAGUACAAGGCUUUCCAUAAAAUAAUCGAGAGCUUUCAAACUGUCUCCACAUGUGAAAACACAGUGUCUGUCUCGUUCCACAAUACAAUACUUCUCAUUCUUUCACUCCAGUUUUAAUGCUGACAAGGUUGAGAGCAGACAGAGGACUUUUAUGUUCUUGAAAUAUUUAGUUUAAGCUGUCGUUGCUUUUCUAUUUGUCCAUGUUCCUUUGUCGUUCCUGUUCUGUCCUCAGAGAGAAUUAUUGUCAUCUUUGAAGGGCAAAGAAGGAGACCAGUUUGGGCUGCAAUCCACGGAAACGCUCACAUGUCCGACAACAAACUGACACCUUCCUCUCCUCAACCCAGGCACACAGUAAAUAUGAUAACCAAUGAAGGAUAUGAGUGAGAAACAUAUAGAUCUCCAUAUUUCACGUAUUCCAAGUAAAAAUAUUUGUUGAGUUAGCAUUUUGACCAUGUAAUUCUAUUAGUUUAGUAAUGAAAUCCUUUAAAUGUUCCCGCUCUCCUUCACACACCUCUAUGAAGACCCGCAGGCCUAUGCCAAUCUAUGUUGUGGAUAUCUGUGCAAUGCUGCUUUCAGAAGGAUCUUUGCUGCAGUUUUUUUUUUACCUCUAAUCCAUCUGCAAACUAGUCAAUAAAGGUUGAGCUGACGGGAUCUCCACUCCCAGAGAGGGACUGACAUCUACUUUGGCUCUGAUCUGACAUAUUGUAUUGGCAUCUUAGUGGGGAUCUUAGCUAAAACUCAAUACACAGUGAUACGAUGAUGAUAGCAAGAUUUAAAAUGUUUAUUCUCUACAAUAAACAGGCUUGAAGUGUCCAUGUGAACAGGCCAAAUAUUCAAGUCCAUAUUCAUUGAGAAAAAAUAGGAACUGCCCAUCAACUGAAAAAUACCUGGGGAAUAAACAUGGAAUGUUAUUUUUAAUAGAUCGCUUCUACGAUGAAAAUGUGGCUUUUAAAUCCUUCAUUCCAACCGAUACGGUUGUCCUUGUCCCUCAAAAACAACGUUCCAGACUCAAUAUCUCUCACUCUUGAUAAUCCUCCAAUUGGAGAGACAGCUAACAGACGUUUGUUUUAUGACAGACGCCAGAUCCAGAUGCACAUUUAAUUAGUAGCUCAUCAACUCCGUCAGAGUUAAUUACCCGAGGUCUGAGCCCAGCGAGCAACCACACCAACGCCUUGUUCACACUGCAGGCCUUAAUGCUCAAAUCAGUGUUGUUUUUCAAAUCUGUUUUGGAAUACUGACUGUUCAAACAGAACGUUGUGACCAAAUCAGAUUUGUGUGUAAUUCAGACAGCAGUCAUUUGCUGACAUGGCUAUGCUAGUUGUCAUAGUAACGAUGGGUGUGCGCACAGUGGCGUAGGCUGAUUGGUGGGUGUGCGUGUGCUUCCUAUCACUCAGAAGUUAUGUAUCAAACUAAGGUGAUAACAACACUUGCCAUGGACGUUUCCCAGUCGCAGUUUGAAUGUUCUAAAUCAUAGUGUUAGAACAAUUUUAAAGCCUCAAAGGAUAAGAUGAUCCAACUUUCAAAACGAGUCCUUUUUGGCCACAUCAGUCAACUAUCUUGCUAGCUAGCUGUUUCGCGUUCCAGCAUAUUCACUCAUUUGUUUGUAAACAAUUAACAAGCUAUUUGGCGACCACAUGUUCUUGUAGAACUGUCAACAGAGUAGCUAGCAAGCAACACUAUAUGCCAAAUGUCACGUUCUGACCUUAGUUCCUUUGUUAUGUUGUUAUGUUUUCCUAUGUUGUGUUUGCGUUUGGCCUGGUAUGUUUCUCAAUCAGAGGCAGGUGUCGUUAGUUGUCUCUGAUUGAGAAUCAUACCUAGGUAGCCUUUUCCCACUUGUGUUUCGUGGGUGUGUAUAGUCUGUGUCUGUGUGUUCCACACGGAACUGUUUCGGUUUGUUAUUUCAGGUGUCGUUUAUUGUUUUGUUUCAAUGUUCGUUUGUUUUAAUAAAGAGAAUGAACACGUACCAUGCUGCGCAUUGGUCCUCCGAUCCUUACUACUCCUCCUCGUCGGUGGAGGAGGAAGACAGCCGUUACAGAAACACCCACCACCAAAGGACCAAGCAGCGUGGUAACGGGUAGCAGCAGCGAUCUCAGGACUCCUGGUCAUGGGAGAAGAUUCUGGACGGCAAGGGACCCUGGGCACAGGCUGGAGAAUAUCGCCGCCCCAAUGCUGAGC